AUGGCGAUGCUGAGCAGCAGUGUAGCAGCAGACACCGCCACAGCGGCAAGCGGGCUGGGGCCCCCAGCAGCAGCAGCUGCUGCAGCAGCAGCUGCAGCAGCAGCAGAAGCAGAUGGGGUGCGCAGGGGUGACCUGGAGGCAGUUGAAGGAGAAGAGCUGGCUGCUGCUGCUGCUGCUGCUGCUGCUGCAGCAGCAGCGGAUGGCGAUGCUGAGGUCGAGGCUUUGCUGCAGCGCCUGCACGUGGCGUCCAGCAGCGAGCGGCUCUCCUCCUCCGCCCGCAGCUCAGACCCUUCUCUCGGGCUUUCGGGGAGCAGCAGCAGCAGCAGCAGCAUCGAGUUGGAGCUGCCUCUCAAGUUGAAAGAACAUGCUAUAGGGGCUUUCGGGGAGUUCGCGAGCACCUCCUUGCAGCAGCAGCAGCAGCAUGGACUGACUGGUGUUGCUACUGCUGCUGCUGCUGCUGCUGCUGAGGCAUCCCUGCUGCCGCCGCUGGCUGAGGUGCCCGCGGCGGGCCAAGAGUGCGGCAGCUCGGAGGACGAGGCGUCUGCUGCUGCAGCAGCUGACAAGGGUGCUUCUGUUGCUGCUGCUUCACCUGCUGCUGCUGCUGCUGCUGCUGCUCCUGCUGCAGCAGCAGCAUUAGAAGCAGAAGCAGCAGGACUUGUUUCAUCCCGGGUGUCAGGUCAUGGUCAUGGUGCUGCUGAGGAGUCGAGUUUGAAGUCAUCAGCAGCAAGCGUACCAUCAGCAGCAGCAGCAGCAGCAGCAGCAGCAGGUGCUGCAGCAGCAGGACCAACGACAGCAUUGGAAGCAGCAGCAGCAGCAGCAGCAGCAAAGGAACGUCUGAUCGCCAGGCUGCGGCAGCUAAAGAAUGGAUUUCCCCCCCGGCUGCGCUGCCGCAUAUGGCUUGCGCUGCUGGAGGUGGAGGAGCUGGGGCCGCUGCAGCAGCAGCAGCUUUCUAACCUCAUAGCACAGACCCCGCUAGACGAGCCCAAUCAACGGGUGAUAAAGAGCGACGUAGAACGCACGCGCGCGCGGCUGGCGGUGUUUAGAGAGGCGAAGACGCGGAGGCUGAUGGAGCAGAUGCUGACCUACUACUGCAAGUCCCAGGCCUUGAAGUACAAGCAAGGCCUCAACGAGCUCCUCGGUAAGCAUUCACUGCAGCAGCAGCAGCAGCAGCAGCAGCAGCAGCAGCAGCAGCAGCAGCAGCAGCAGAUGCAACGCAGGGUAGUGCCGGGGCGAAGCUCGUACGUUCCUGUUUUCGUUCUCGCGCAGCCUAGGGUCUAG